AGGUUGCAGCUUCCUAUAUAGCAAUCUCUUUUAAGGAGACUCAACAAGAGAGCACCACUUGCAUCUAUUUCUGCCAUCUCUGGAAUAUAAGGAAGUAGUUUGGAUUCGAGCAGAAAGUCAAAAGGCUGCACUUUCUGCCACUGAGCCAUUUUAUACUUGGGAACAUGCUUCUAGAACUCAGCUCAUUUUUGAAGGGCAUGCUGCUCGGAAGUGUCGUCUUUGCCUUGAUCACAGUACAAGGACACUUUAGGAUAGGUCACAGAAACGGGAUACACCACCACAAGCAUCACCACUUGCAAGCUCCUAACAAAGAUGUCUUGAAAAUGUCAGAGGCUGAACGCCUGGAACUCAGUAACAGCUUCCAAGUGUACUGUAUCAUUCUUGUAACACCCAGUCAUGUGAGUCUGUGGGCUGCAGUUAAGCAGACUUGGAUUAAACACUGUGACAAAGCCGAGUUCUUUAGUUCUCAACACGUUAAAGGAUUUGAGUCAAUUACUGUGAAUAGGAAUAGCACGUCAUUGAUGAUGAUAAAAGCUUACACUUAUGCCUUUGAGAAAUACAAAGACCAAUAUAGCUGGUUCUUUCUCACAUAUCCCAGUACAUUUGCUGUUAUUGAAAACUUAAAGUAUUUUUUGUUAGGAAAAGAUCCAUCACAACCUUUCUAUCUAGGUCACACUGAAUACACUGGCAAUCUUGACUAUGUGACUAUGGAGGGAGGGGUUGUCUUAAGUAUAGAAUCAGUGGAAAGACUCAUCAGCUGUUUCAAGAUUGCACAAAGAUGUCCCAAAGAAGAAAAACUAAUUCGGAAGUUUUCUGAAGAUCAGCAGCUUGCAAUCUUCCUGAGAGAGAUGGGAGUGUUUGCAGAAAAUGCUGAAGAUAGCGAGGGGAAAGAUUUAUUUAAUAAGAAAACUAUUGGGAGGCUUAUUAAAGAGGCAAUGGCUGAUUACCCAAACGAGAUCGUACAAGGAUGCUGUUCUGAUGUGGCCAUUUCUUUCAGCGGAUUGACUCCUAAUCAGAUGCAUGUGAUGAUGUAUGGAGUGUAUCGUCUUAGGGCAUUUGGACAUGGAUUCAGUGAUGCAUUGUAUUUUUUACCUACAAAUGGUUCUGACAACGAUUGAAAAAAGUAAUAUUUAAUAACCACAGAUCCCAUUCUCAUAGCAGCAAUAGCAUAAUGAACUCAGUAGCAUGUUUCUUUUCUGGUCCAGUCAUAUUGUGUCACCCUACAUUAAAAUUUACUUUAUAUUAUUACAUGGGAUGUAACAUUCCCUUAAAACACCUUUAAAAUGUUACAUGUGUUAUAGAAAAAAUGCUUUUGUCUAUGUACUUUGGUAAUUACAACAGUGUAAAUAAAAUAAAGGAUAUUUAUAUGAAUAUAUUUGUUUUAUACAAACUGAAUUAUAAACCUUAAAAUCUA